AUGGAAAAACAUCUGGUAAAUGAAAGAAGGCUAAUGAUGAUAUUGAAAAGGUUACUGAAGCACCUCUUGAAAAUCACAAAACAUCUGGAAAAUGCAAGAAGGCUAAUAAUGAUAUUGAAAAGAUUACUGAAGCACCUCCUAAAAAGUUCUCCCAUUAAUUCAUCUCGGCGAAGAAAAAGAUGUGUGGACAAGGCUCUGCUGGAUGACAAAUUUCUUGAUCAGAGAACAUUACCUAUUAGGGAUAUUAUUUUACAUGCAGAUUAUAAGGAGCGAUUGGCGAUGAGUAUUCUCAAUUAUAAUUAUUGUGUUUCAAUGCUAGCAAUUGACAUUGGGCAUAAUGGGUUAAAUUUCACCAACUGUUCCAUUUGUUUCUUGAUGUAG